UUAAGCUACCAGUCAGCCACACAAACUUGGGAGAAAGUGGGAGUGAGAAAGAGAAGUCAUGGUUUCUAGGGAGCAAAAAAGGGCAGCCAAGCAAAAGAAGCUGCAACUUCUUCGUUCCAUCACCAACUCUCAUGCGAAGCACGACAAAGCCUCAAUCAUAUUAGAUGCAUCAAAUUACAUAAAGGACUUAAAGCAAAGGGUAGAAAAAUUGAAUCAAGACGUUGCUACUGCUGCAAGCUUUACUAGCCAGAAUUUCCCCACGAUUAGAGUAGAAGAACAAGAGAAUGAUUUUCUGAUUAAGGUAUUCACCGCAAGGAAUUGCCAAGGAUUGCUUGUAUUCAUAUUGGAAGCUUUUGAAGAGCUCGGCCUUGAGGUGCUCCAAGCUAGGGUUUCUACUUCGGACAGCUUCCUUUUAGAAGCUAUUGCUACAAGAGAGAAUAAAGAAGCUGAUGACCAUAUCGAUGAUCAGGUGGUAAAAGAAGUAGUGUUGCAAGGGAUACAAAAAUGGAUUGAAGUUCAUGAGCAAGAAUGAAGCAAAGCAGUUGCUAGCUAGCUAGUAGCCAAGCAAGCAUGGGUUGCUUCUUUCAUCUCUUGUCAUCACAUGUCAAUCGAUGAUUUUUGAUAUGCAGUAGACAAAAUCCAAAAGCUGGACCUGCAAUAUCGAUCAUAUAAAUUUGCAUCAUGUGAAUCAAUCUGUUUUUAUGUACAAUGAGAAACAAAUGGAAACAAAAUGUUUUGAUUCCUUCACU